AGUCGUCGUCGACAGCGAGUGUUGAAAUGGCGCAGAAAGGAGUUCAUCUGGACCGUGAGUCUUUCUCUUGUUCCAUCUGUUUGGAUCUUCUGAAGGAUCCGGUGACUGCUGCCUGUGGACACAGCUUCUGCAUGAGCUGUAUUCAAACCUACUGGGAUAAAGAGGAUGAGAAGAAGAUCUACAGCUGUCCUCAGUGCAGACAGACCUUCACGACGAGGCCUGUCCUGAUGAAAAACACCAUGUUAGCAGUUUUAGUGGAGGAACUGAAGAAGAGCGGACUCCAAGCUGCUCCUGAUGAUCCCUCUGAUAAUGGACCUGAAGAUGUGGCCUGUGACAUCUGCAGUGGGAGAAAACUGAAAGCUGUCAAGUCCUGUCUGGUCUGUUUGAUCUCAUUUUGUGAAAAACACCUCCAGCCUCAUCAUGAAUCUCCUGCUUAUGCUAAACACAAGCUGGUGGAGCCCUCCAAGAAGCUCCAGGAGAACAUCUGCUCUCGUCAUGAUGAGGUGAUGAAGAUGUUCUGUCGCACUGAUCAACAGUCUAUCUGUUAUCUCUGCUCUGUGGACCAACACAAAGGCCACGACACAGUCUCAGCUGCAGCAGAAAGGACUGAGAGGCAGAAAGAUCUGGAGGAGACUCGAGAAAACAUCCAGCAGAGAAUCCAGGACAGAGAAGAAGAUGUGAAGCUGCUCCAACAGGAGGUGGAGGCUAUCAACGGCUCUGCUGAUAAAGCUGUGGACCACAGCCAGAAGAUCUUCAGCCAGCUGAUCCGUCUGAUGGAGAAACGCCGCUCUGAGGUGGAGCAGCAGGUCAGAUCCCAGCAGGAACGUGAAGUGAGUCGAGUCAAAGAACUUCAGGAGAAACUGGAGCAGGAGAUCACUGAGCUGAAGAGGAAAGACGCUGAUCUGCAGAAGCUCUCGUUCAUAGAGGACCACAACCAGAUUCUGCACAGCUACCCCUCACUGUCAGAACCGGGUCAACCUGCAGACUCAUCCAGAAUUGACAUCCGUCCUCUGAGAUACUUUGAGGAGGUGACAGCAGCUGUGUCAGAGGUCAGAGAGAAACUCCAGGAUCUUCUGACAGAGACGUGGACAAACGUCUCACAGGCAGUGACUAAAGUGGAUGUUUUACUGUCAGAACCAGAACCCAAGACCAGAGCUGAUUUCUUAAGAUAUUCACAAAGAAUCACACUGGAUCCAAACACAGUAAACAGAGAGCUGUUAUUAUCUGAUGGAAACAGAAGAGCAACAUCAACAAAACAACAGUCUUAUCCUGAUCAUCCAGACAGAUUCACUUUUUAUCGUCAGGUCCUGAGUAGAGAGAGUCUGACUGGACGUUGUUACUGGGAGGUGGACUGGAGACAGAUCGGGGUUGGUGUAGCAGUCGCAUACAAGACUAUCGGGAGAGUAGGGGACUCAGAGGAUUGUAGAUUUGGAUACAAUGACAAAUCUUGGAGGUUAAACUGUUUUACAUACAAAUAUGAAUUUGUUCACAACAGUGUCUUCACUGAUGUCUCAGGUCCUCAGUCCUCCAGAGUAGGAGUGUACCUGGAUCACAGAGCGGGUAUUCUGUCCUUCUACAGCGUCUCUGAAACCAUGACUCUCCUCCACAGAGUCCAGACCACAUUCACUGAACCUCUACAUGCUGGACUGUUACCCUGCAGUUAUGGAGGCUCUGCUGAGUUUAUUGAACUGAAAUAAAGAGAAUUUUGAGUCCAUCAGACCAAAAUCAUGGACUGAGAUCCUUGAACUCUUGAAAUGUUCUGGUUUGUAAAUGUUUGUGGAUCAGUCUCACCAAAAACUCUGGGUUUAGUUCUUCAUUUCAGCUUUUUGAUUCUUUUCUAAAGAUGCUGAUUUGGUCGCAGCUUUAAGGACAGUGAUUGUGGAGAACUUUGAUUGUUUGUAUUUCUCAUGUUGAAAAAUCUUCAUGAAGUUUGAUAUCAACAACAUCAAGAUGAUGGUUUGUUCAAAUCACCUUCAGUUGGUGCAGAUGUUGAAGGUCUGAGACUUUAGAAAAAAGUGAGGUCAAAAUCACAGAAAAAGGACGACCUUAUUUCCUGUCCCAAAUCCAAGCGUCUAAAGUCUUUCCAUUCGUCCCCAAAAAUUCUUCAGAUGAUCUGUUUCUUUCUCUGUUUGCUGAAUAUUUGUGUUCAUGUGAUCGAUGGAUAUUUCUGUCUGCUUCUGUUGGAUCAGUGUGUUUGUAAAGACAUCUAGAAUCAGACUUUGGACAGAUCUACAUGUUGUUAUGAGCUUUUCAAUCACUGUAAUAAUAAUCACAUUUAUCAGUCAGACUGUUUUUAUGUUUCAGACUUAGCACAGAUUGUGGUCAAGUUUCUGAUUGUGGGUGAAAAAAAUUAAAAUCAUCAAACUGAGUCACUGAAAUCACCUCGCCUGUUUGUCUUUAUUGUGUCUGUUUCUGCUGGAUGUCAUGUUACCGGUCCAUCUGUCAUGGAUCCAUGUGGUCUGCAGCUUGACAUCUGAAAACAGACUGAAUACAAACACAUAAACGCACUUAAAACAGGACAAAGCACCACCUGGAUGCCCUUCAAGUCAAAUGGAGGUUAAAAAUUAUCCUCUAAGGGACAGUGAACAACAUGAGAAACUGCAGAAAUAUUUUACAGUAUUCAGAAAUUUUACAUCAAGCCCAAGAACAUGCAACUAAAUACGAAAAACUGCCUCAUUACACACACAGAAAUAUUACACUAGUUGCUAGUGUUUCUAUGAUUGAUGAGGUUUAUGAGGGGAAUAAAUGGUGAAUAAAUGUUGGUGCAGUUGAUCUUCAGGACCGCUGCAGCUUUAAUAACCUCUGCUUGUCGGAGUUCAAAGUCUAAAGUUCACAUCGCCGCUCCUCUUCCUGGAUUGUAAAAUAACUGGAUUUCCCCUCCCUCCUCUCUCAAACAGCACACGCCACUCUGCACACUCACUUCCUCUACAGUUUAAGGGAGGGUGUAACCGCUGUGUGCUGAGCUGAUCCUGCUGACACACGUUGUGUUGAAAUGGUUCACAAAGGAAUUCACCUGGACCAAGAAUCUUUCAUCUCUUAAUAACAGACUUUAUUUGUAUAGCACCUUUCAAGGACAGUUGUCACAAAGUGCUUCACAGUCAUCAAUUAAAAAGGAUCGAACAACAUGAAUAAAUGAACAAAUAGUACACCAGCAGACUGUCCUGAUCAUACAAAAAUGCGUCUUCAGCUGCUUUUUGAAAACAUCCACAGUGUCCACAGUUCUCAGUUCAAGACGGAGACAGUUCCAAAGUUUAGGAGCAAACACCUCAAAUGCAGUCUCCUUUGGUUCAGAGUCUGGUCUGAGAGAGAACCAGAAAACACUGAGAAGAGGACCUAAUAGUCCUGCCGGAGUUCUUCAGCAGGUCUCUUAGAAGCUGGGAAGUCCAAACAAAGCUCUGAACAUAAUCACAAGUGAUCUACAUUGGAUUUUGAAUUGAGUAGGGAGCCAGAAUGGGCAUAUGGUAUGAUAUGGUAUGGUAUAUGAUAUAUGAUAUGAGCUUAUGCAAUCAUAUCAUAAUUUACUUUUUUAUACCUCAUGUACAGUAUAUCAAUGUGUCGUAAUGCAUAUCAUAUUGUAUUGUGUAGUACAGUAUCUGAUUGUAGAGUAUGAGUUAACAUGCACUAUCCUCCUUCAUUCUGCAUUUUAAUGCAUUCCACAGUUAAGAAUGCAUUGCCUCAUACUGCAUUGUAUCUCAACAUAUCAUCGAUCAUAUCAAUUUUUAUAUUUCAUAUUUUAUCAUGUCUGUUUUUAAAUCAUUUCAUAAUGUUUGUAAUGUGUCGUAUUAUGAUGUACAGAAUUGUAUUAUAUAUUUUUGGGAAGUAUACUGAAUUUCCCUUUACUUUCCUUCCCACUCAUUAACUGUUCAUAUAUACGCAGUAAAAAAAUUCACUAACUCCACAGAGUAACAGAGCACAGUUUAACUGGAUUGGGGCUUCAGUUUUGUAUUUUCUUUGUGUUGAAGAUUGGGGGGUGAAAAUAUGUGCAACCUGUAAGAAACCAGGCAAAUCUUCAUCUGUGGACUAAAAGGAAAAGAAAUGCAGAGAGUCUGUUUGGUCUCAGCUGUUAGUUUAUCUUGGUUAAAAUGACAAACAGCUCUGAGUCACUCUGGAGUGAAUGAUGUCAGCGUGGAGCAAACAGCCCCUUUGUGUGCAUCUGUGCAUGUGUGUGUAUCAGCGCUUGAACAAAACUAUGCAUGUGUGUUUGCUCCUAAAGAUUCUGACAGACUGUGCAUGUGUGUGUUUGAAUGUGUGUUUGUGUGUGUCUAAUUAUAGUGAGUGCUUUGUGGUGCAUCUCAGUGUGAUCAGUCCUCACCGAGUCUGACGUUCACAUCAAUAGGAGCAUGACGAUGAUGGAUUCCCCUCCACGGCACUGCCAAAACACACUCACACACACACUACUCAUGCACUUAACUAACACACUGCGAACGUGUCCAUUCACUACCCCUCAUCCUGCAUCUCUAAGACUCUCACUCGCCCACUUUCUCCCAAACGUUUUGUCUUCGCACACGUCAUGGAGACACAUCCAACAGUUACUCCCACCUGUCUCACUCACACGCAGUCACGAACGACUUCAACGGCAUCAUCUUUAGUGUAACUCGUUUUUGUUGAACAAAGGAUGAAUGGUGUUUGCUGAAGAGAACUGCAGUCAUACGACACAAAUGCACACACACACCCUGCAACACACACCGUGUUUUCAGUAGCAAGAGCUAUGUCACAAGCCCAUGCUCCACCCCCUGAGCCCCAAUUUGCAGGCCAGAUCCUGAGAAGUAGAGAGGAUAAUCGCGGAACAAGCGUGUGGGUUAGCUGAUUGCAAUGCUUGCAAGAAAGCUAGUUAUGAUAUUAACUUUCGAUAUGCCCCAAAAGACAUUAGCGUCCUUCUAUUGUACCUGCCACUUCUUCUGCACCAGCAAUGUUAGGCUACAAGCUAACGUGAAGAGAAGUGAGCAGAGCCACGCUGUCUCCGCCCACGACUCAGAGGUGAAUUGAUAAUGAUCUACUGGAGCUCUGCAGAAGAAACAUUCAUGAAAAUGACACAAGUAACGAGAUUUUAGCUAAACUUCAUAAUCAAAAUUUAAAGACCACUGAGAACACUUGGGUCCUGGACUGGGUCUUUUAGAGGAAAUGACUUUGAGCCUAUGCUGUGACUUCCACUAUAGAGUCAUGUCUGUUUUUAAUGUAGCGCCACCUGAAGGUCUUAAGUCAAAGUCAUUCACUAUUAUCUAUCAGCUUUUUUGACGAAAAUAAAAAGAUCCUCAAAGGCUUUGCCACUUUACUCAAACAUUCAAACAGUUGACUCCUGCAGUCUCUCACAAAGUCUGAUAAUACUCGGGCGCAUAAACAAAUCAUUGAGUAAGAAAAAGGAAGGUUAGAAAAUAACUUUUUAAAUUAGGAAGUAUUUUGACUGAAAUGUCAAACUCGUCACUCACCACGUCUUGCACUUAAACCAGCAGUAAGUCAGCCCCCAGUUUUGCAGCCCCAAAGAGAAAAGUAAUGAAGUGAAAGAGUUUGCUCUGUCAGCUGAGGCUUGUUUGACUUCUUAUCACUGACACAUACUUAUAACACAGUCUGAAGGAUGUCCUGUGUUUUACUUUGUUAAUGAACAGUAAGAUGAGUACACUGUGUCUAAUGGCUGUUAUCUCACAGUCGCACUCGUAGUUGUUCUUCAGUGAAGAGGACAACCAGGCAGUUUGUUCAAGUGAAUUAUUUAAUCCUCUUUGAGUAUUAAAUACUGUUGUCAGGGGCUGUAGUGUCCCAUAUCUGCUUUGUUUUUCAAAUAUGAACAAGGACUCCUGUGUGCAAAGCUUUUUGGAUUUAUAAUUAAAUAAAACACACACACACACACACACCAGCAGAAACUGUGAGUAAACCUGUUAUGUAAUUCUUGCUGUCUGCUCGGCUUAAGCGGAGGAAGAUUUUGACUAAUCGCCAUAUGUUGCUCAGAGAAAGAUGGAGCUUGUUUGUAGAGAACUGAAGGAUGUGGCCCCUUCCAGGGAAAAGUAGUAAAACAUCUCCUGACCUGAAAACACUGACUCUCUGAUUGUGCUUUUUAACAGUAAAGAUGUAACACUGUGUGAUUUCCAUUGAAGAGCGGCUCGAGCGGUGAUGCUGAUGACAGAUGACGGAUGAUGUGGACUCUUAUUAAAUGUCCCUGUUGAGGUGCCCUUGAGCAGCGAGUUCAGCCUCUGGGGUCUCGUGAAACAUACUGUAUGAAGCAUUUUUAAGUCCAUCAUAACAUGAGAACGAGUCCACGUCAGAUAGUUCAGCUGCAGCGACAGAGAUUACCUUGAACGCAACAAAGAGCCUCAUCUGUGAGUUCAUGCGAGCGAGGUGCAUCAGUGAGGAAAUCUAUUUCUGUUUACGGUCGCAGCGAAGGCAUCAAACCGUCCCAGAAUGAUCCGCAAUGACAGUCCAAAGAGUACGAGAGGAACUCGACUCAGCUGAAGGUCAUUUUGAUCAAAAUACAGCAAGGUUAAAGCCUCAUGUUUACAUAUUAUCCACUAAAUUUAUGAGAACGACUCACCGAGAAUUUUUAUUCAAAGCUCCUGUGAGGAACUUGGCGCUGGUGUCCAACGAUCUCUCUCUUUCCAUGCUUAAGUGUUGUUUCUGACGUAAAUCUUACCCUGCUGAAUGUAGCAUUCGUUAUGAAUAUUUAAUGCAGCGAAUAAUGAAAAAGUGCAGUUUUUUCUGGUGCUUAGCUAACACCUACUCAUAAUAUUGAUAUAAGGUGCCUUUGGUUUGUCUCUGAUGAUCCUGUCUGUUUUAUUAUACUGUUAAAAGUCUUUGUUAUGCAUUUCUCAGGGUUUUUAGUGUAUUUUGAUGUGCUGUUUUGGAUUUAAAGUCUUUAAAAAUACUUGUAAAAACAUCUUCCUCAUAUUACUUGUGUUUCAAAAUGCACAUGCAGGUCAAACACUGCUUAUCCAAAUCUACAUAAAUGGGCAAAUGUUGUUUGACAUCAACACAGAGCCACAACAGAAGUACAUAAUGAACAGAUGUGGCUACAAUGCCUACUUUUAUUCUUUGGGAUACAAACUCUCAAGUAUAUGUCAUUUUUCCUUAUAGACCAAUUAUGAGCGCUAGCACUUUAAAGGAAAUACUGUCAGUUGGAGCAGGAGUUAUGAACCUGAUUUGGGUCUUCUACUUUGUGUUAUUGGUUUCAUAAUGUCCCAAAUGUUUUCAGUGGGUGACAUGUUUAGCACCUGGACUCUUCUACUACUAUUUUAUGUUUUUUGCAUGAACAUACCGUGAUGUAUCAGGGAAAUAACACGUCUCUAAGACUCAAAGGAAGAGCAGUGAGAUGCUAAAGCUGACCUCAGAGAAAGAAAUGCAUGAAAAAAAGGAGGGAAAGUUAACUUGCUGUGAGUAGAGUAUAAUACCACAGACAUGAGCUGGAAUCCCUGACCUUCUUAGUUAGCUUUAAAUGCAAGGCGUGUAACAAUAGUCCCUCUGAAACCUCAAUGGCAUAUUCAUAAGAUGUUGCGGUUGGAAAAACUGGUCAUGCAUGAAACUGGAGCGAAGAGGAAACACCACAAACCACAGGAGAGACUCCGAGCUUCAGCUGAGGAGAUACUGCUUGUAAUACUCCCAGAAUACAUGCUGUACUUUAAUGCUUCAGCACAUUUUGACUUGUCAAUUAAUUAAAUAAAAGGUCAGUCUAUAUGUUUAUUAGCACCAAAUACACCUUCACUUUAAGGUAGGCGGGGCGAUUUGGAGCUUCUUGGCAGCAGAUGCACAUUGAGCUAAAAAUCAAAGACGGGAUUUAAGGUUCAUAUCUGAGACGAUAUCAAAUACAGCAUUUACAAACCAACACUUUAACCUGUACUCUAAAAUCUAACUCGUCUCACAUUAAAUAAAGUCCUUUUUCAACUGGGCCACCCACGCCGCUUUCCCACCCCUCAUUCCUUUAUGGUCACGGUACUGAGCAUCCCCCCACGUCAGCAUUAGCUCUGUCAAUGGAGCCAUUGCAUCCCUCAGUGUUGGAUCUCUGAAAUGUG